AUGCCCACUCCGACUUACUUUUCCAAAUACCCCACUUUUCCCCCAGACGUUCCUGUGGCUAAGCUUCCCGUUAUCUCUUUGUCAAAGCUCUUAUCCGAAGACAAAGAUGAAUCCAGCUCCGUUUUUGAAGCCAGUCGUGCUAUGGGGUUUUUCGUGCUUGAUUUUUCCGGUUGCCCAGCUGGGGACGAAUUUUUGAAAAAUGCAGAGAUUAUGUUCGAUUUGAACGAGGAAGUGAAUGCACUUCCUCAAGAUGAGCUUAUGAAAUAUGCUUACAAUCCACCUACUUCCUUGUUCGGAUACAAGCAGCUAGGUAACAUGAAGAUCGAGUCAGGGCUCCCGGAUCGAGUUGAGUUCUACAAUGUUGGUAGAGACGAUAUGACAGGUGUCUCCGCGCCACGAUCCAACCCGCCCUGCAUCGAAAACGCUCGCCCACAGAUAAAGAGCUACAUGGAACAGGCUAAUAGGAUAGUGGAUAUCAUCUGUGGACACUUGGAAAAGCAGCUACGAUUGGGGAAAGGAGCAUUGACAAAGCUUCAACCGAUGACAGACCCAAGUGGAACGGCUUUGAGGAUGCUGAGAUGUGAGCCACAGCCUAUUAACGAUCGCCGCACUGCCCUCCUUGGUCAUACAGACAUUGGUUCUCUUACCCUGCUUUUCAACAUUACUGGGGGCCUACAACUUCUCACACCAGAUGCAGAUCCAUCUAUUGAAUCUUCCUGGAACUACAUAAAGCCCCAGCCCAACACCUGCAUUGUCAAUCUUGGCGAUGCCAUGGUAGAAUGGUCGGCCGGGAUUCUUCGUUCCAACAUGCACAGGAUCACUUACGCUCCCGGUGAUCAAGGUGCUACGACCCGUUACAGUUUGGCUUAUCUUGUCCGCCCCUCUGGCAAUGCUCCGAUGAAGCGACUUGCUCCCCCGACCUAUCCUUCCUCGCUCGUACCAAAGAUUAUUGAGGGGGAAGAAACUGAAAAUGAAAUGAAUGCCAGAGAGUGGGAGAUUCAUAAAGCACUUGCUAUCAGAGCUGGUAAGGAUAAUGCGAGGAGUAGAGGCGGCAGGCCGCUUAGAGUCGGGGGAAAAGAUGCGCUUCCUGCAAUGACUGCAGUUGGUAAUGCUUGA